AUGGAAAGUCCCACAAAAAUUGCCCCUGAGACAGGCGGCAAUAGCACAAAUAUCGAAAACACAAACAGCCAGCAGGUUGCAAAUGAAGCCGCUGCAAAAAAGCUAGCACCCCGCUCCAGCAAUCAGUUUCGUGUCGGGCCGCCUUUUGGCACUACCGUAGUCGCCCGUCACAUCUACAACGACGCUCUUGGCGAGAAAAUGACGCCGCAGAUUACGGCCCGGCUCGACAGAGGGUUCAAUCUCAUUGACGGUCUGUGGAUUGGCUACAAGCGGAACUAUUUCACGUUGGUGGCAGCGUUUUGCUUUGAAGACCAGCCGCUUUCCGUAUGCUCAACAUCCACUUUCCUGUGCUUGGACACCAAUCAAAGGCAGAAGUUGCUUUACUUCAAGCUACGCCUUGUGUCCACGUGUGCCGAGGAUAAGAAGACGCAAAUUUCAUUGGUGCAACACACGGCGAAAAGAGACAAGGGCCCGCAAUUCAGCCCGCCCGUGUACAACGCGGUGCCUGGCCGGCUUCCGGGACAUCAUGUCAUGAAACUGGUUGCCAACAUCCGCAACGGCGACAAGAUCUCCCGCUGUAACCGCUUGUUCCACUUACCGCAUUCGGAACGCCAGCAGUUGGUGGCUACCACAAAUUGCAUUCUCUCUACGUAUCCCGACGACAAGGAAGUGUCGCUUGUGGCCCGCUAUGAGCGUAUCCAGUUCCUGUCAUCUGCUUCGGGCACCAGGAAACAAUCUUCCACCAAUAACAAGCAUUAUAUUUUGGAAGUGCAACUUCUAGGUGUCACUGAACAGGGAGAUGUUGUUCUAGCAUACACGCAGACACCGCCUCUCAUAGUCCGGGGCCGGUCGCCCUCCAACUACACUUCGGGCGAGAAGAAAAAACGCAGCAGCUUGGAAAAGAUUGACGACAACUUUAUCACCGACCAGGAGAACUUAGAUGUGCCCACACGGAAGAAAGCCCGUAUAAGAUCACGCAAGGCGCUUCAGCCACUAGGAAAUACCAGACAGAAAAGCCCUCCGCUAUUCCUUGAUAGUGACAGCUCACAUGGGAACAAACAGAAGAGCACGGAAAAAGUGAAUUCAAAAAAAGGCCAAGGAGAAAACUAUUUUGGAGAGAAACACUUUUCCGGAAUCACAUCUGCUGGCAGCUUUGGUGGGGGAACAAACUACUUCGCAAACGUCAAUUCUGUUAGAAGGUUCGACCAUCAUGGAAACAUCUGCUCUCAGGGAAAUACAAUCGGCCAUGAAAGCUCCAAUUCUUAUGCUCAGUCGCCUGGCCAGCCCGAGUACGUUAUUCCCCAAGAUUUGUCUCUAGUUCCCCAAUCUGUAUCGGAUGCCAGCUUUCCAGAAGUCACCUACACUUCCCUUUCAGAUCGAGAGCCGCUAAACACAUACUACAAUUAUCGGCCCAGAAAAAUCACCUUUGGCAAGCUCGAAGAGGCGCUUAGAAAAUACGAGGCGGCCAAGGAAACGCUCGAGAACCUUUUGCAGUGCAGCUUGGGCAGCAAUGCGUCUUGGAAUCUGACCAUAGGCGCAACCCAAGAUGUAAACAACUGGCGCAGCGCUUCCACACCGCUCCAGAUUAGGCAUCUUGCGGAUAAUCCGGCCAGUACGCCUUCGAAAACGAAGCGACACAGUCCUGUAUUGCGUUGCAAGCACGGGCUCAAAAAGAGAACCACUGCUCCCCGAAAAGUGUACAGCUCGUCAGAUUUGGGGUCUGACAACUGCGACUCCAGCUUCCGCCGUUUCAAGGAGGAGCUUGAGGUGCUAAAAUCCACAAUCCUUAUCCGUCCCGCAGCCAGUCUGGGAAAUGAUUUGCUGUCGCCACUUUCAACAUUGAACUCCGAAAAAGAGAAAGAAUACGUCGAUUGGGGCGACAGUUCAAGGCCAUUUUCCACGAUAUGA